AUGGAUCUCUUCAACAAGUUACCGGACGAGGUUGUUUCUCGUAUCCUGUCCUUACUUCCAACGAAGGAGGCCGCUUCAACGUCCGUUCUCGCAAAGAAGUGGCGUUAUCUGUUUGCGUUUGUCCCUGAUCUUGAUUUCGAUGACUCUGAUUUUCUGCAUCCCGAAGAGGGUAAACGGGAAAAGGACGGAGUUCUUCAGAGUUUUAUGGCUUUUGUGGAUAGGGUUUUAGCACUGCAGGGUGAUUCUCCCAUUAACAAGUUCUCCCUAAACGUUAAAACUGGUGUUGAUCCUGCUCGUGUGGAUCGAUGGAUAUGUAAUGUGUUGCGACGCGGUGUUUCUCACCUUUAUCUAUACAUGGACUUUGAAGAAGAAUACUCGCUGCCUUACCAGAUAUCUGUCAGUAAGACAUUAGUUGAGCUGAAUACAGGACAUGGAGUUGAUCUUUAUUCGUGGGGAGAUGACAUGUUUUUACCUAUGCUUAAGACUCUUAUUCUUGAGUCUGUUUGGUUUGGUAGGGGUCAGUUUCAGACACUUCUUCCUGCUUGCCCUGUCCUUGAGGAAUUAGCGUUGGUUGAUAUGGAGUGGAGAGAUAGGGAUGAGAUCUUGUCAAGUCCAAGCCUCAAGAGGCUUAAGAUUACCUCCGAAGACGGCUGUUUAGGCACUUUUUCGUUCGAUACACCAAAUCUUGUUUUCUUAGACUACUAUGAUUUGGUUGCGGAGGAUUAUCCAGUAGUAAACUUAAAAAGCUUAGACGAGGUUACGAUCAGCCUUGCUCUUACUGCAGACCGAAUCCACCAAGCAAGAGAUAAUGUUUGGAAGCUUUUUCAUGGAAUACGAAAUGCUAAAACAUAUCACAUAUCCCCUGUUACUUUCGAGGUGCUUUCUCUUUGCUGUGGAACGAUGCCGGUUUUUAAAAACCUUACCGUUUUAAAUAUUAGGAGUGUCAUGCAGCAAGGAUGGCAAGCAAUGCCACUUCUUCUAAAGAACUGUCCACGUUUGGAAAGUCUAUUCCUUGGGGGACUAUUGCACAAUGUCACAGGGAAAUGUGGGGAUGUUUGUGACUGCAUUUCUAGGAAGAAGAAAGGUAGGUCGCUCAUGUCUUGUCCUGUGAAGAAAAUACAGGUUCAAGGAUUUAGAGGAACAAUUAGAGAGACGCAUAUGAUAAAGCAUUUCUUGGACUAUUGUCCGAAUUUGGAGGAGAUGGAGAUAAUUGUCGAAGAAAAGGAAGCUACUCUGUUUGAAAUCCCUAAAUGGCUUGAACUUGUCGAGGACACGCUGAUGCACUACAACGAGAUGUCGACUUGCACUGUUAAUUUCAGGGUGCUCGCUCCUUUGUACUGGAGGUGGACUCGAAAAUGAAGUCUUGGAGGUUGAAAACUUGCUUUCGUUGUUUCUCUUUUUAGUUUUUAUUCUACUUUAAGUACGAUUUGAUUCAUGUUCAAUAAUACGUUUUCACUAUCUUUAUAUA